GAAGCAGGACGGGACCAACUUCGAGCUACUUCGAGCUGCUCAUUGGACAGCAUUAUUGCAGUUCGUGGAAGAAAAUUCCAUUAUUUCUCUAAAAUUGAAGUUUCGCCGUCGUACCACACCCAAAAGUAAGCGAUGGGAAAUGCCGGAAGUAACCUGCCCCGAGAGCGCCAUAAAUCGGGUUCUCAUGAUCCGAUUCCGGGAUCUCCGCUCAAGGACGGCCAAGCAUUUGUGUUCGAUAAGAAACCAGACCCGAAUCAUCGGCUGGUGUUCCAACGGAGCGAAGACGAUGCAGAACCGUACUAUUCCAAGUCGGUUCCGGAGCCGGAGUUUGUGCGGGAUUACAGGAAGCGUUCGAACACCGUUUCAGACGAGUCAAUGGUCGUGGGUGGUGAGGCUGGCGGCGGAGGUCAGGAUGCAGGAGGAGCAGAAGACGACGAUAAGGACGAUCAAAAGACAGCACUUCCGACGGUGUUCAAAUGGGAAGGAGGCGGCAAGCAGGUGUACAUCAGCGGAACGUUCAGCGAGUGGAAAGCACUUCCGAUGGUUAAAAGCCAUGGAGAUUUCGUGACGAUCAUCGAUCUGCCCGAGGGAGACCACCAGUACAAGUUUUGCGUUGACGGGGAAUGGAAACACGAUCCUAGGCUGAAAAAUGUCGAAAACGAAGUAGGAACCAAAAACAAUUUAGUUUCGGUUCGUCAGUCAGAUUUUGAGGUUUUCCAAGCGCUUGCCAAAGACAGCGAAGAUACCGGUAAAGACGAAGCAAAAGAGUAUGGGCAGGAUAUACCGUCCGCCAGACCGUGGGGUAAGGAGUCAGGCCCCCCGGUUUUGCCUCCGCAUCUGCUGCAAGUUAUUCUGAACAAGGAUACCCCACUUUCGUGCGAACCAACGUUGCUACCGGAGCCAAAUCAUGUUAUGCUGAACCAUCUGUACGCACUAUCGAUCAAGGACGGAGUUAUGGUACUCAGUGCAACACAUCGCUAUCGAAAGAAGUAUGUGACUACGUUGCUGUACAAACCGAUCUAAUUAUACGCACCAAGAUGAUCUAUUAAUGGAUCUUGAAUAGACGCAUGCGACACAUAUAAAUAUAAUAAAUAAAAUAUUCAGCUGAUGCUGAGCCAUUCUCAUUUCAGUGAACAAAUUUGUUGGAAAAGGUAAAAUGCAUGCAAAUAGUAGUUCUAUUUCAGUAGAGGAUAGUGAUAGCGAUAAGGAUUUUAAACAAUGAAUAUUCAAACAUUGAUUUAUCGAAAGAUGCUUACAGAAAGUGCCGCCAUGAUAACAAACAUAAAAUGAUUUUAGUUUUGAUAUUUACAAACCAGUGUAAAUAAUAUAACCAAAUAUUUGUUUCAAUAAAAAUGAUUGUUCCAAAA